AUGUCUGAAGUUCAGUCACGGUCUUCCGCCUCUCGAGGCAGGGUAUCUACUCGUGGUGGCCGAGGUGGUUAUAGCUCCAGAGGUGGUCGAGUAGGCAGCAGAUCUACCAAGGCAGACACCCCAGACCAGAUUACAUUUGAAGAUGAAGGAGAGAUCGGUCAGAUGAAGAAGAAAUAUUCCAGCACCUUGCCCAUGCUGCAGGAAUUGUUCCCUGACUGGACCGAUGAGGAUCUUGUCUUUGCUUUGGAAGAUGCGGAUGGUGUGCUUGAGGAUGCCAUUGAGCGCAUUACUGAAGGCAAUGUCUCGCAAUGGGGUGAGGUGAAGAAGAAGACGACCGACCGGACUCGCUCCAAGCCUAAGGAGGUACAGAGCACCCCGACCGAGACGAACGCCAGCUCUGUUCGAGGAGGCCGUGGACGCGGCGGAUUUGAGGGUCGCGGUCGCGCCCGUGGAGAUCGUGGUCGUGGUGGUCGUGGUGGCCGGGCCGCAGCCGCAGUUCACACCAACGGGGCUCGCGCCGAGAAGCCCGUUGUCACUGCCACCGUGGACGUUGUAGAGACGACAAUCAUCUCUGACAAGAAUGAGAAGCCUAUCGAAGCCGAAACGACCACAGUCGAUGCCGGCACGGCCGCGACCCCGAAGGCCAGCGUGAUGCCCGAAGGGACCAAGAAAGGCUGGGCCAGUCUGUUCGCGAAGCCGGCGCCACCUCCACAGAAGAAGCCAGCCGUCGCACCUGUUCCUGCUCCUACCCCUGCCUCUGCCCCUGCCCCUGCUCCUGUUUCCGCACCUGUGGAAGAACAGCAGCCAAGCGUGGAGCCAGCAGCCGAGCAGAAGGCGCCUGAGCCCGAACCCGAACCGACUACAGCAGUUGCUCCUGCUCCUGCCCCCGUCCCCAUUCCCGCUGCCGCUACCGCCCCUGCUCCAGUCCCGAUCCCCGUCCCUGUCCCUAUCCCCGUGGAGAAAGGUCCCGAACCUGUCAUUCCCAAGCAGCUUGCCGAAGCUGUACCCGUUACUCCUUCUACGACCAGUAUCACACCCGCCAAGGAUGAUUUGACCAAGACUAACCUUGAGCAAAUUCCCGAUGUCUCGCCUCCUCCUCCCACCGCCACUGCUGCCAGCACCGUGGGCAGUGCCCUUGAUGCCAACAGUCUGGCGGCUGCCGCCACCCCCGUUCGUCAGUCUGCUACUACCUACCCUUCCAGUGUUUUCAAGUCUGGCGCUCGGGCCCCUGGUUCCCAGCGCCGCGUGAUGGAGCAGCAAGAGGCUGUUGUCAUGCCUGGAAACCAUGCUGUUGACCGUGCCGCUGUGCAGUUCGGUAGCAUGGGAUUGAAUGGCGAUGAUGCCGACAUUGAUGAAAACAGAGAAGAUGCCGAAACUCGCGCUCAGCCUCCUCAACAUUCUCCCGUCGCUCCUCGUGCCUCGUUGCCUCCUUCUACUCAUGCCCAGGCGUCCGCUGAGACCCCUACCGUCUCUCGCCCCGCUCCUGGACUGCCCCCUGUCCCUCAAGUCUCCGCUGCCGACUCUACUUUUACCGACUUUGCCCGCUACAGCGACGCUCAGAAGUCUUAUGACCCCUUUGCUCAGCAGGUCUCCCAACCUCAGCCCCAAGUUCCGGAGCCAUUCGCCAACCAAGCUCCCGUCCAGCCAACUGUUACCUCCGGCAGCGAGUACUCGCCAUUCUACGCCGUUGACCAGCGUCUUCCCUACAACUACUAUGGCACCUAUGGCCAGUCUCAGGAUGCCUCCGUUGCUCAGAGAGCUGCGGCUGGAUUCGGUGUUUCUGGCGCCGAAGUGCAGCCGCAAGUUCCCACCUCUCAACCUCCUGGCCGCUACGGUCAUGUCGAUGCCCCAAGCAGCGGUCACAACACCCCGAACCCCACCCUUCCUGCCGCUACCCAGACCCCCACCGCCCAGCACAUGCCCGGUCAGGGCGCCGCUCAUGCCUACGGAUAUGGAUAUCCCUACUACUCCAACCCCCACUACGCUUCGUACAUGAGUCAAAUGACUCAGCACCAGUACGGCCGGAACCGCCCCAUGUACGACGAUGCGCGCCGGUAUGACGACCACUACAUGCCCCCCAGCAAUCAGUACGGAUAUGGCAACCAAUACGGCCCAUAUGGCGGUAAGGGUGGUAUGUAUGGCCAGCCUCACGGAUUCUCCUACGAUCACUCCUCCUCUCCCGCCACCGCAGGCGGCUUCAACCAAUCCGUUCCUGGUCGUGAUUCUGUCUAUGGCCGUACCGGAUCCACGCAGCCCUCCGAGACUCAACAGACCACAGCCGGUAGCAAUGCCUUCGGCGCCGGCAUGUCGGAUGUCUUUGGUCGCUCGCAGGCUGGUUUUGGCCAGAAUCAGCCCAUGUCUCAACAGCCACCUGUGACUUCGGAGGAGACCAAGAGCUUUGACACUCCCAAGGCUGCUGGACCCAGCCCCUCUCUUGCACAAGCCAACCGCCCUGGCUCGGCCACGAACAGUGUCCCUGGACAGCCUCAGGCGCAGACUGGCCUUCCCCCUCUUCAAGGCCAGCAGGGACAGCAGGGAUUCGGUGGUUAUCCCCACCUGAACCACCAGUAUGGAAGCGGUCUGGGUGGUUUGGGCGGCCACCAGGCCGGUGCCACAGGCCAGACUCACCACCAGGCUUCCGGUUAUGGUAACUACGGAGGCGCAGGUUUCGCUAACUACUACGGAAACACUGGACGCGGUGGCUGGGGCGGCAACUACGGCCACUAA